AUGCGACGGAGGCAGCAGUGGAGUUGGGAGCCUCUCAGCUCCUCUCCCCCUCUUCUGGUUCUACACAACUCCCUCCAGCCUCUCAGCUCCUCUCCCCCUCUUCUGGUUCUACACAACUCCCUCCAGCCUCUCAGCUCCUCUCCCCCUCUUCUGGUUCUACACAACUCCCUCCAGCCUCUCAGCUCCUUGCCCUCUUCUUUGGGUCCUGCACAACACAACUCCCUCCAGCCUCUCAGCUCCUUGCCCUCUUCUUCUGGUCCUGCACAACACAACUCCCUCCAGCCUCUCAGCUCCUCGCCCUCUUCUUCUGGGCCUGCACAACACAACUCCCUCCAGCCUCUCAGCUCCUCGCCCUCUUCUUCUGGGCCUGCACAACACAACUCCCUCCAGCCUCUCAGCUCCUCGCCCUCUUCUUCUGGUCCUGCACAACACAACUCCCUCCAGCCUCUCAGCUCCUCGCCCUCUUCUUCUGGUCCUGCACAACACAACUCCCUCCAGCCUCACAGCUCCUCGCCCUCUUCUUCUGGUCCUGCACAACACAACUCCCUCCAGCCUCUCAGCUCCUCGCCCUCUUCUUCUGGUCCUGCACAACACAACUCCCUCCAGCCUCUCAGCUGA